UAUCGUCACUUUCAGUCUUUUGAUUGACCACAAAGAUGCUCUUACUUCUCUUUCAACAGAAAACAAACCCACAAACUUUUCCCUUAUUGAUAAAUGGAGUCACUUGAGGCUAUGAGCUACUGAAUUUCAGCUCCGAUUAGUCUUGAUUUCAUAAAAAAAAUGGAGGGUAAAUGAAAGUAAUUUGGCAACCCAAAACGCAAAAUGCAGGUUAUAAAGCAAGCGUCUAAAAAGCCAAUUGCUGUCUUAACGCUGUUGCUGCUGCUCCUCUCCGCUCCGCUCAUUCUUAUAAUACUAAAGUUCCAACCAAACCCAUCUCCGGCUCCAACACACCACAUGGCUCGUAGCUUUAUUCUGUGGCUUCAUGGGUUGGGGGAUUCAGGUCCUGCCAAUGAACCCAUCCGAUCUCUCUUCUCUUCUUCUCACUUUCAAACCACUAAAUGGUCUUUCCCUUCUGCUCCUAAUAAUCCCGUCUCCUGCAACUAUGGUGCUGUAAUGCCUUCAUGGUUUGACAUCUACGAGAUUCCCAUCACAGCUGAUUCUCCAAAAGAUGAAACCAGCUUGCUCAAAGCAGUCCAGGAUAUUCAUGCAAUGAUAGACAAGGAAAUAGCUGCUGGGACAAAUCCAGAUAAUGUUUUUGUCUGUGGAUUCAGUCAAGGAGGUGCCUUGACAUUGGCUAGUGUUCUGCUAUAUCCAAAAACUCUAGGAGGUGGUGCUGUCUUCAGUGGCUGGGUUCCUUUCAGUUCAUCUAUCAUGGAACGGAUUUCACCAGAUGCAAAAAGGACUCCUAUCUUGUGGUCGCAUGGAAUUGCUGACAAAACAGUAUUAUUUGAAGCUGGACAAGCAGGGCCCCCAUUCCUUGAAAAAGCUGGGAUGAGCUGUGAAUUUAAGGCAUAUCCUGGUCUUGGCCAUUCAAUAAGCAAUGGGGAGUUGCAAUAUCUCGAAUCAUGGAUUAAAACUCGUCUGUCAACUUCUUCAUAGAGGUUGAGUGACCGGCUUACAUACGGAUUAUGUCUUUUUCGUUUGUUAUGCACGUUGUGGUAAAUGUAAUACGAGACUAUUAAAAAAAAUAGAAAGAAAAAAAAUGUGACCUAAUUUUUCAGAUUGGAAGAUGUUUGUAUGAAAGAAUGUAGCUCUAUCUUGAAUUUCAUAUACUUGGAUAAAAACAUAAAAUUGCAUGUGGCUGAAUAGAGUUACUCUGGCUUCA